CCGGGGAGACCCCGGCACGGGGCGGUGGCUGCAGCCGCCCGGCUUCGGCUCCCCCCGCCGGGGCUCGGCUGCGCUCGGUUCGUCAGCUCCGCCCGGCUCCGGCCCGUCACUGCGGCGGAAUCGCAGAGGCGCCGCCAUCCCGGGGCAGAUGCAGGCGAUCAAGUGUGUGGUGGUGGGAGACGGGGCUGUGGGGAAGACCUGCCUGCUGAUCAGUUACACCACUAAUGCCUUCCCUGGAGAGUAUAUCCCCACUGUGUUUGAUAAUUACUCUGCCAACGUCAUGGUGGAUGGGAAGCCAGUGAACCUGGGUCUCUGGGAUACAGCAGGGCAAGAGGAUUAUGACCGACUGCGGCCCCUCUCCUACCCUCAGACAGAUGUCUUCUUGAUCUGCUUCUCCCUGGUCAGUCCGGCCUCAUUUGAGAAUGUCCGAGCCAAGUGGUACCCGGAGGUCCGGCACCACUGCCCUAAUACUCCCAUUAUCCUGGUGGGCACCAAGCUGGACUUGAGGGAUGACAAGGACACCAUUGAAAGGCUGCGUGAUAAGAAACUGGCCCCCAUCACCUAUCCCCAGGGCCUGGCCAUGGCACGGGAGAUUGGGUCAGUGAAGUAUCUCGAGUGCUCAGCCCUGACACAGCGGGGUUUGAAGACAGUGUUUGACGAAGCUAUCCGUGCUGUGUUGUGCCCCCCACCUGUGAAGAAGCCUGGCAAGAAGUGCACUGUGUUCUGAGGAUGUUGGCAAGGUGCUGACUCAGCAUGUCCUUGUCAUCCUCCUCCAACAGAUUGAGUGUUCGCUGGGUUCUUCUGGAGGGGGCUGUGAUGUGUGGGGCCCUUCAUCAUGUAUGAAGUCAGUGUUUUUUAAAUGUCUCUUUGAUUUAACGUCAGUGUUGAUGUGAAGGGGCAGUGGGGGCGGGAGGUUAGGUGGAUGCUGUGCAGCCCCUCGGGGAGGAGCAGGGUAGCUCCCUGAGACAGUGAGGUGCAGUUCUCCUUAACUUCAAGUUGAAGAGGCCAAGACACCCAUUCUGUGAUGGAACACCUCUGCUUGCAAUGCACAGGGGGAGAAUCCCUAAGAGGGUGGGUAGGGACCAUUGUGUGAUAGUCUGUGAAUGACAAGACCAGCUGGAAGGGUAGUGGGGCCUCCUCACCCCAGCAUAUUGCUGGUGA